GCAAGCGGGCGAACCCGCGAAGGUUGGGCAGGGCAUUCUCUCUCAAGAUGAGACGAUGAGGUAUGCAUGUGAGUGAGCAGGAGGAGGUCCAGUCGAUGUACAGUGUGUGGCUCGAGAAGCAGUCAACGAGAUUGGCCAGUUCCGUUUUGUACAGUCGCUCAUCUCAGGCCACCCAUUUCCUUCAAAUUUCAGCCGCAAACGAGCAAAUGAAACCUGCCAACAAAGCCCGCCACACAGACCAACGCCACCUUUCCACCAUCCCAUCCCACCUUCUGAGCAGGGGGGCACUGAAUGUCGGAGAUGCAGCUCCCCAUACUAUCGCUGCUUGACGUCUCAAAUGUCACUUGCAGGUUUCCUACCCAAUCUGAUCCGGUUCCGCAGCUAGGUAGAGCUACACGCACGCAGGAAUUAUAUCAACGACACGGUAGUUUGAUUACAGCAGGUAUCGUACAGUGUCCAUGCAGCUAUCAGGAGCCGAAGUGUUUAUCGUGGUAGCGUGCAUACUGCUCAGCAUAGGCGUCUGCCUGUUCCCAUGGAAGCGCCAGGCGGGGGAAGGCGCAAGAAGCGACGCGUCGCAGGAACGCCACCCGGAAAUUGCCAAGGGAUUGCCUGAUGACGUGAGGGGGCAAUUGGCGGUUGUAGUCAUCGCGCCUCGCGAUCUUGCGAGUAUAGACGACCAGUGUCCCAUCUGUCUGACAGAUUACCAGCUGAACGACGUGCAGCACCGCCUGCCGUGCAGACAUCACUUCCACAAGCCGUGCAUCGACGCCUGGCUCACCGCGCACACCACCUGCCCCGUCUGCCGCGUGCACCUCGCCCCACAGCCUGACGGCUCGCCCAAGGACCAGCAGAGUGCAAGUAGCGGGCAGGUGUAGCAGCGGGCGACAGGCUGGUUGCACCAGAGCCAGCCAGCAUCUCCGAUUCGAAGUCGGUCCCAAGGGCCAUAGAAGAUUGGUGGUGCUUGGGUGUGUGCCAAUGGUUGGGGCCUCUCAAAUGCAUCAUGGUCCACAUUCUGAAGGAUAUGGUACUGCCCAGCAACCAACUGACUGGAGAAGGAAUAUUUGGUGGUUCUCCUGGAAUGGCCGACAAGCGCCACAAAGUCUGUGGUUGUUUCAGCAUGUAUAUAUAUAUGGCAGUCAAUUUGCAUAGGCCCACUAGCAAGGCUGGAGUCGUGUUGGUUGUGCAAUACAUGUGCCAUGUUGUGAAACAGGUGCAGCGUCUCAAGGUAGCAAGUUGAAGUUGUGAUAGGAUCUUAUUUCAGCAUUUCUGUAAGC